AUGGGAUUUGCGAGUCAUCUUCGUGCUCUGUCGCCAACGAGCGGACGUCAUCACCCAGGUGGUGCACGGGCUUCCACCGGUAUGGUUCAUCUGAACUCGAGUUAUGAGGGAUAUGAUGGCGCUCGAAGUCGCCAUGACUACGAUGACUACCACUACCCCUCGGAUGUCGGGUACAGUGGCAGCUAUCGACACGAGCCUCGUCACCGGGCAACGAUUGAUGUUCAGCCCGUGUCGUCACAAAAAUUUACCGGAGCGGGACACUCCACCAAGAAGCGGACCGAAUAUGCCAUUCAGCCUCACACUCGACACCGAAGUCACACGGCCUCCGGCACAGAUCUCUUAUACCACACGCCCGCUCGAUUGACUGUCCCGUCAUCUUUGUCAAGUUAUGUUCGCUCAGGAGACCACGGCACAAGCAGUAACCGCUCUUUGAGCCCUCUUCCGCCUUCGGUGGAUUCGCAUCGCCAUGGAAUGUCCGGACUCGCGUCGUCUCGACAUGGCAAAGGACAUCGCCGGGUGUACAGCACCGACUACGUGAGUGAUGCCGGUCAAUUCCCUGGACGGAAUCAUGACAGCCAUCACACCGGUACGCGUCACACGGCACACCGAGCGUCUCCCUCCACGAGACGGCACCGGCACGUCGCAUCCGGAGGACUGAGGAAAUCCUACAACAUCGACGACGACAAUGCCUACUCUUACACGGGUCCCGGCGAAGAGGCCCGCCGGGAUUUGUCGGGUGAUUACUCCAUCGUCCGCACACAUCGUCGGCGGGGCCGCACAUCUUUGGACCGACCAGUGAGUGUCAAUCUCGACGAUGGCCACCAUCAAUGGCAGACACGCGGCAAAGAGCAUCGUGCUCGAGGACCGCCCCCCACCUCUCGAGGACUGGCCAGAAUUGACCGUGAGCGCCGUCCGCGGAGCUCCAGCCGAGGGUCUCACGGUGGCCGCGACGACUCAAAAACCAGGCCCUUCCCCGGCCACGAGCGAGCCUUGGUGGCAAUGCCACACGAAUCCGAAGAUGACUACUACAGCGAUGUUCACCGACGGCCACGGCGCCAUCGGUCCCAUCGACAGGCAGAGGGCAAUGUGUCACGAUCCCAUUAUGACGGUGGUGAUCGGGCUUUGACGCUGGCUGCUGGUGCUCUUGGCACAGCUGCCCUCGGUGGUGGCUAUUCCGAUGUUUCCGACCGUGAGCAGCGGCGGCAUCACAGCAGACACCGGCAUCGACGCUCCGAGGUUCCGCGAGAUUAUGAUGAUGAUUCUCCUCGCACGUCUGCAAGAGACCUCGCAGAGGGUGAUGUGUCUCCUUCAGGCCGUCACAGACAACUGUAUCUCGAACCCAGAAACGAUGAUGCGCAUCGCAGGCGAAGACAUUCGAGGCGGCGCAGCCAUCGACGCUCAGACAGUGACCUUGAAAUUGACACGGAUGAUGAAGACCUUUACAAGUACCGGCGGGAGCCCGCUGCGCCACCGCGAACCCGACACAGCAGCACAGAUACAAGCAAUACUGAUGAUGCCCCCGCCAGACGUGCUUCGCGGGAGCGAUCAUCCGACCGCUCCCGUUCACGUCAGGCACGCGAGAAACGGGGUCUCAACGAUUCACAAAGCCCGCUGUCUUCAGGUUCCCGAGAUGAGCCACCAAAGAUGCUCACGGUCGAGCCACCCGUUGUCAAGGAGCCAGAGCCAGCCCCUGUGAAGGGUAUUCUCAAGACACCUAAAAAAGCGUUCCCUGAAGAGCCGAAUCCGAUUCGUGAAGGCGUUGCCCCAUUAAAGGAUGCAAACAAGAAUGGCAUUCCGCCCACGGCCCGUUGGACAAAGAUUGACCGGCGAUUGGUCAACCCUGCGGCGUUGGAGGCCGGCAACGAGCGAUUUGAAGAGAGACCAGAAUUUGUGAUCGUACUUCGGGUCUUGACCAAAGAAGAGAUCCAGGUCUAUGCAGUCAAGACCCAGGAGAUUCGAGAUGCUCGCCGCGAAGAGUAUGAGCGCGAAAGGCGCCAGCGUCGAGAGGAAGACAGACCCAGCGGCCGCCAUGACGAAAGCAGUUCCACCGACGAUGAAGAUGACAGCUGGGAUGAGCCCCGGAGGAUCGAAGCAGCACCAGCCCCUGCGGUGACUCCCAGCGCAAAUUCGUCUUUGCCCCUGCGCUCGCGACCUGCAAGCCACUCGCCACCGCUACCUGAACGCCCGAGUGCAAGCCAAGUCGACCAACUUUUGUCUGUAUAG